AGCGUGUCAGCGGGACCCAGUGCGCGUAUAAAAACCGCGAGGCGACCCGGAGAGAGCUAGUCAUUUUGGAAAGCGCAAAGCCAGCGAGGAACACCUCAUUCACUUCAGCUGAUAUUUAUUUAUUUAUCUAUUUAUUCUGAGCCUUGCUUUGGGAUGAACAGACUGCUUCUGAACUUUUUCUGGGUGGCAGCAUUCAGCGCACUCCUGUCAGCGCCGGGGCUCCGGGCUUCUCCAGUGGUUGGGCAGGAACCUAUCCGCUGCGCCCCGUGCUCCCCGGAGCGGCUGGCCGAGUGUCCCGCGGUGGAUGCCGGCUGUGAGGAGGUGCUUCGAGAGCCAGGCUGCGGCUGCUGCCUCGCCUGCGCGUUGAAGAGAGGCGACUCCUGCGGGAUCUACACUGCGCCCUGCGGCUCGGGGCUCCGCUGCUUGCCCAAACCUGGAGAAGCACGGCCCCUGCAUGCGCUCACCCGAGGACAGGCGGUGUGCACUGAAACCCCCGAGCCUGAUCAGAACCAAAGCGACAACACGCCAGACUACCCGGAGACACACAACGGGCCAACAGGAGUGAAUGAAGGCAGCUCAGCGGUCUUCGUGCCCGGCCACGGCAAGCCCUUCGACCCGCGGGUCAUCACUGCUAAAGAGAGCAUGAAGGCCAAAGUCAACGCAAUACGCAAGAAACUCGUGGAGCAGGGUCCUUGUCAUAUUGAACUGCAGACAGCCCUUGACAAGAUCACUAAAUCACAGCAGAAACUGGGAGACAAAAUGACCAGAUUCUACCUUCCAAAUUGUGACAAACACGGCCUCUACAAAGUCAAACAGUGUGAAUCGUCUCUGGAUGGUCAGAGGGGGAAGUGUUGGUGUGUGUCAUCCUGGAACGGGAAGAAGAUUCCUGGAUCAAGUGACCUGCCAGCAGAUGCCGAGUGUCCCGAGGAACUCAACCACUGAUCUGUCUCACACAUACACACACACACACACACACACAUGCUGGGGGAUCUGAAGUGCUCAACCACUAAUCUCUCUCUCACACACACAUACAUAUUAUACCACUGAUUUUUAUCAUUAUAUUUUUUCAAAAUAUCUUAGUAUUUAUUUAUUGUUAGUGGUGGUAUUUAAUUCAGGUACACUGUUUUUGAUUGGUAAACUCCCUAAACUCACCAAAAAAGAAGAAAAAAAAAAGAAAAAGAUUUAUUUUUCUGUAAAGAAAAUGAAUAUGUAUUUUACAUGAAGUACCCAUACUUAUUUAUUUAAACUGAAUGUAUUAAUUUCGAUAUCUGGAUAAGAAUAUUUAUUCUUUAUGCCUUAUACAUAUUUUUGUACGGUGUAAAUCUGUAUAUUUGCUGUAUAUAGAUGACUGUGUCUCUCGACUUAAAUUUCCUUCAGGCUUGCUUUGUUGGAAAGGACUGAUAUGGAAAAAAGCACUGCAUGACCAAACCUCCUUGUCACUGUCCGUACAUUGCCAUAUUUUUAUACUGUAUAUGUUUUUAUUAUUAUUAUUAUAUUUUACUAAUGAAUUUUUUGUUUUUGUUUAUAAUUAUUGAGAUUAGAUGGGCAUAAAAAGUGGGAACCUUUUUUCCCCACAAUUCUGUGUUUUUUUACAUGCAAGAGUAUUGAUUUUCACAGCUUUUGAAACGGGUAACUGCCUGUUCCUACCUCUCUGUCUUUUAAGUUAAGAUUUUUAUUUUAUUUUUUUGUAAAUUGCUUGUCUGUAUGAUCAAAGUGAGAUUACAGUCUUACUGUAUUUGUCGAUCAUAUUUGUGUUGUCUAAUACUGUGGUCCAUUUAUUAUUUUUUUAAGUGAUGAGGAAAAGAGACUCAGACGUUGCUUCACUCCAAAGCAGUCGCUCAUGUGUAUAAUAUAUUUUUCAUGGUUUGUAACUGUAAGUCAUUGUGGGUAAAAAAGAACUAUUUAAUAAAUCAUCUUUACACGCA